CACCCAGUGGAGUGCCGUCUGAAAUUAUUACUGGGCUAAUUUCCUAACCAAAGCCCUAGGAACACGAGGAAGUAGAUACGCUAGUCACUCGUACAAAACUAAUUGCACACACCAGAGGCGGAGCUUUGCACGGAUAUAUUUGGAGAUUCAUUUGUCUUUUGAACAAGUCCUAUGUCAAUGAUUAAUGUAAUACAAUGUAAUAUUGACCAACCAUUGACCAGAAAUCCCAGGCAAUGAACCUAAAUUCAUGUGGACCUACUCAACUGCUUCGCAUACCAAUACCUCUAGCAGGAAAUUAAUCAGCAUCAAACCCAAUGUUAUAGGUGAAACACAGCUUUGACAAGAUACCUCUCCUAAAAGUCAUCACAGUUUGAAAUGCCAUGCGUCUCAUAACAGCACUCAUAUCUGGAAUUACUUCAAGAAAUUCAGUCUUCAUCCAUCACAGCAUGUUCAGUUAGCACUGAUAAGGACUGAUGAGCACCAAACACAUUCUGAAAAAGCUGUCCACAUUUCCAAUGAGGGAAGACUGGGGCUCACAAGUAGUCAACAGAGAGGCUCUUGUUUUUCUCUGUAUCAACUAUGCAUUCUUCUCAGUGGUGGUCCUCACCUUCGUCCUCUUCAUGAUUGUCCUCACGCACACGUCUUCCACUGAUGAUGACCUGUUGACGUCAAUUGCGAUAAUGACCACUUGCUUCAUCCUGAUAGAUUUAAUUGUUGCCAAUUUCCUUGUGCAUACCAUGCAGAUGAAUAUGGAAAUAAAGCUUUUGUUAUGAUGGCACCUACAAUUCAUCAAGAGAAAAUGUGUUCUCUACAUAACAUGGUGUAUGCUCCGUAGCAAAACAUUGAAGCCUUAUCUUCUUAAGACUGCAAAGCAUAAUGAUGUCACUACUUUAUCUGCUUUGUCCCUGUAAAAAUUUGCUUUUGAGACAGACAAUUUAAUUCCCUUAGAGUGACACUUGAGUGUGAAUCAUGGCGACAGGGAAAGGUCCCCCCAAAUUAAAGUUGACAGGAAGCAACAUGAAUUCAGGAGUUGUGCAGGUGCCGACAUCUACAGAUAUUGGACUGAGUGGUGAUUUUGAGCCUCCUACAACUCCACUGAGUCCCAGUUCAGCUUUCUCAACAUCAAAGAUUUCCGAUAUAUCUCAGAGUUACAUUGACACUGUGCUGCUUUGCCACUGGGACAAUAUUCUUGGUCCGCGCCUUGAGCAUGUCUGGUAUGUCGACGGAUGCUCCAAGCCCCAUAACACCACUCUACGUCACAUAUGUUCACAGGUUUUGAGCGGAGAAAUCUGCCGAGAUGUCUCCUGUAGCCAGAUAGACUAUAAGUUCUAUGAUAUGCCUGACAAGUCUAUAGUUGUGCCAGCUUUUAUAUUCUCUGCUCAGACCGAUCAUGGCUUAGGGAUGCAUGCCAUAGCAUUUGUGGUGCCCAACUCUGAACUUAGUAUAUACUUGAAGCAUCAUGGGCUUAUACUGUGUUGGAUGACAAGACUCAUCGGCAAGUUUAGGAUUUUUCUGAACAGAAACCAGUGUGACAAUGGACUGAAUGAAUUCACACUGUGGCUUCAAAACCUCCUGGAGAUGUUGUCGUCGCUUCAAGAAUUUGGGUUGCCAACAACUGUCCAGCUGACUGAUACAGCGUUUUCUCCCGCCCACAACCUCGAACCAUCAUUCCUACGUCAAGCUAUUGCGUCCCAUCUAAUGACCUUUGGGCGGAGUCUAGUCAUAGGCAAGUUGCCAGAGAGAGUUAACCUGGUGAUCCACACCCUGUCUAUGUUUAACAGUGAGUGUGAGAGAGCUGUGUCACGGCGGGUGAUCUACCCAAUUCGCUGGCCUUACCACCAGGACCUGGCACUGCAGGGCAGUCUCAAGUCUGCAAAUGGAUCGUUCAAUCUGCCCAUGAGGGAGAUGCUGUGUUGCCAGUACCCAUCGAGCAUCAUUGAUGUCCAGAACCGGGACAUCAAACAGUCCCCCCAUUGCCAGGAGCACAUCAUCCGACACUAUGAGACAAUGAAGAAUGAGCUCAUCUGCCUUCAUUAUCAACAUUCCAAUGGUCAAGACUUGAAUGCAAGUGUUCUACAAACAGCAGACUUUCCAGAGUCCAUUGUUCAAAAUCUCUUAAAUGAGAUCUCCAAGCUGCCUGCUGUGUGUGGAGUGAGGGAGGCUCACAUCGCCCAGUUCAUGAGGCUGCUGCAGCGGAAGGCACUCAGCCUCAUCAGAUAUGUGGAAACUGAGACUAACAGGGGAGCAGUCCACCCAAGGGGACUGAAGAAACUUAAAAAUGACUUUAACCUCACCCUGGAGGGUGAUUUCAGAAUAGUCUUAGCAACAGCUGAGAAACUGAAGCCAGGAAUUUACCACCUGCUUCUAGGGGAGAGAAAAUACGACGUAGAACAUCUUCCAAAUAUGACAGACAUUUUGUAGCUGGGGCUGUAGGUCCGAUGAGCCUCAGUAAGAAGACUGUGUAUUUCCAUACUUCCACAUUUUUAUAUCAAACUGAGUGUCAAGAGCAAGGAAUAAUAAAGCCUCAACUCAUGAACGUAGAUAGAAACAUAUCUACCUUGAUCUACUGUCAUAACCAUUGGGAUGACACGCCAGCCUGGCAGUGUUUAUGCUUCACCAAGGCUGAGUAACAUCUCCACUUGGCCCCAAACAAGGAUUCCAAACAAUAUUUAUAGCAAAGUUGGAAUCAGUUUUCCUGAUCAAGGCAUGUUACUGAAGUAGUAUAUCUGAUAUCAAAAUUUCGUUUUGGAGACUGUUACAGUAUGUAUCCUCCAUCAGGGCUCAUGUCUUUAUAUCACAAACUGGAAGAAGAUAUGAUUCUCCCUUGUAACAUUUGAUAAGUGAUGUAACUCUCUGAUGCUUCAUAUCCUUUGCUGUGUUGCCUUGUUAACAUGUGGAGCCCUUACCGUGGAUACCUAUUGUUACAGAUUAUACAUAGUACCAGAUAUUAGAGCUGUACUUGUUUCUUUAAUCCCAAGGUUCAUACAGGCUUGGAAAGACCUUGAAUUUUAAGGCCCCUCUUGAAAAGCCUUGAUCUUUAGUGUCAAGCUUGAAAAUCAUCAAAGUAGCUUGAAAAGCCUUGAAUAUUUACAAAAUGACAUGUAUUAAUGUUCAUACUGUUUUUGAGAUUGCGAUUGAUGUAUAGUAUGCUGGAUUUAAAAAGACCAACUAAGGCUAAAAACCUAUCUAGAAAACCCUUGAAAAUGACAGUUGAAGCCUUGAAAAGGUCUUGAAUUUUAGUGUUCCAUAUCUGAAUGUAUCCAACUGUAAUAUUUCUGUCAUAAAUAAGUCAGAUAGUCAGUAAAAGGUGAUGUAGCAUUAAGAAUAUCUGUGAUUAAUCGUUUCCAAACCAGUCAUACCGGUAUGUUCUUUCAAAAGCUUGACAUGUGAUGUUUGUAUGUUCAUAACUGUUGCUUGCUUGAUCAUAUGAAGUGGAGUUUCUACUGUAUAUUGCUGCAUGGACUGGAUGGGCUCUCGUAUCUGCCUCUAUUGUGUUAAUCCACUCAUGUCGCACUCAUUCCACUGAGUGAUAUCAACGCAGUGUUAAACCCAACUCACUCACUCACUCCAACCACGAGGGUAUAUCAUCUCUCCAGCAGGCAGGCCACACAUUGACGUGUCAUGCUCUUUGUCUUAAAAUUAUGUUGUUCCAUUUGUGAGAUGAAUAGAGAAUCUCCUCCGAGUGCUUUUUGAUAUCAAAUAUAUCAACACAAGUCGAUAAAAUGUUAGAACUCUGAGGCUUGCUGAAGAGUUUUUAACUUUCAUUGAUAAGUUUUCAUAUAUCUGAUAUCAAAAGACACAAGAUCGGGAUUCUAUUUAUCAUCCAAAAUCAUUCUUACAAAUGUUCAGUUUGUAAACAGUAAUAGCCGGUGUCAGUGUAAACAGUUCUGCUAACCAGUCUCAGUGACAGAGUAGUCAUUUAAUGGUAUCCUACCUCAUCUAACUUACCUAGUAUUCUAGUCUUUGUUUGUCUAGAUAGUUAGCUGGCUGUAAUAAACUUUGUUAAUUUAUUUUUUCCUUCUAAGUUUUUCCUCCAAACCGGGACAACAUAGACUCGCACAAUCUGAAUUUACUUUACAACCACUGAUCUAAGUCUUUGAUGGGCAUUUCGAAGUUGGGAGACCAUGAAUACAUGACACUUUUUUAUGGAUAACAACUUCUUUUAUUCUCUCUUCUUUUAGAUCUACUGCUUGCUCCGUCAUCAGGUGAAUGAUGAAGGAACAUUCAUUCAUUUGCCCGUUGAAGGAGCGAGAAGAAGCUCUGAAACGUACAAAGAAUAUAUAAGUUGCUAUCCACAAAAAAAAUGUCAUGUAUUCAACAAUUGAUCUAAUGCUAUGUUACUCAAAUGAAGUUAAAGAUCUGAUUUUUUGAUAUGACUAUGCCUAAUCUGUCAAGGCAGAUUAGCUUUAGUCAUAUGAAAGGUCUUCAGCAACCCAUGCUUAUCAUAAAAGGUGACUGCUUGUCAUAAGAGGUGACUAACGGAAUCGGGUGGUCAGGCUCGCUGACUUGGUUGAAACAUGUCAUCGAUCCCAAUUGCGUGGAUCGAUGCUCAUGAUAUCAAUCACUGGAUUGUCUUUUCCAGACUCGAUUAUUUACAGACCGCCGUCAUAUAGCUGGAAUAUUGCUGAGCGGCGUUAAACAACAAAUCAACCAACCAAAUCAUAUGAAAAACUUGGGUGUUCUUGAACCUCUUUUGAGUAGUAUACAAUAUGGCUCUUUGACAUCCCUCGAAAUGAAACCCUUCAUUUCAAAUACUAAAUAAUCAAAUGAUGCUCAGCCGAUUGUAUCAAUCAGAAUUGUAUUUGGGUUAAGAUGUUCCCACGUUUACAGUGUUGUGAGAGGAGAGCUGUGAUUCAAUCUCACUCAAAUCAGAUCUUUCACUCUGAGGUAUUGUAUUCGAGUAAAAUUAAUAUGGUGUGAUGGGGGUUGGUUCUAUCACAUACCUGCACAUGUGGAUGGUUGCAGCAUAUUUCCAAUUUUCAUAUUUUCAAGGGUGGAUCUAAAAGUUGUUAGAGGGUGUCUCACAUUUUUUAAGUCCUACCUUUAAUGUGUCUUUAUGAUACGCACAAAACAAAUAUUGCAACAAUGACAAGAAGGAGGAAGUUUUUGUGUAUGCUCAGUUGUGGUCACACACCAUUAACCCUUCUUUCUCUCCUUCCCCACUCCCUGGGGAGUAUACAACCCAAGCUGCCUUUGGGUGAUUUUUCAUCCACCACAUAUCGUGUACCCAUUCCCUGCUGGGUUUACUGUGGCACAUUUGAACGAAGUCUCUUGCCCAGGGUGACGCCACCUGUUUUGACACUUGUCUUCAGGUGUACGAACAUAAUCAGGUUUCCACCAUCUAGUCAUCUAUAGUCUGGAAGGUAAUUUAAGGUACCGACGUUUACUACAAUAACUGAAAAACUAUCGGACCUACUCCAGUCAGAGUUGGUAUGAGAUUGUUAAACAGUCAUACAUAACUGGAUAUUACAUUUAAAGACAAUCGGUGCAUGAAUAAAAAAUCUGUCUAUUUAGCUAUCACUAUAUUUCAUCAAAAACCAGACCUGUUCGUCACGGUUGGAACGAGCAUUCAUUGAAACAGCCAUCUGCAUAAUGCUACCCCUGCGUCGCAGGGCCAUAUGGCACAGUUGAACCAAUCAACUCAACUCGAAAGGGUGCACGGGAAUCACGCACGUUGAGACGCACAACGCUAACACCGUAUUCGUGCGUGCGUGCGUGCGUGCGUGCGUGCGUGAAUCUCAUACCAACUUUGACUGGAGUAGGUCCAAUAGUAUUUCAGAUAUUGUAGUAAACGUCGGUACUUUAAAUUACCUUACAGACUAUACACUCGGAUGAGUGGGUUCCUUUGAGUGCAUUGGGUGAAUGUGCUGUACACUAGGGGUAGAGACAACACUUAAAGACCUGUAAACAUUGUUGGUCCAGAGGGUAAGUAAAAACCCGGUCACUUGUUUGUUGUGUACAUGUUUUCCAUAUUUGUUCAUCAAAACUGGAUGUGAUGAAUAGAAGUUUGUUUUGCAUUUUUUAAAAUUUGAUUUCUUUUUCAAAGAGUAAAACUCACUUUGUUCAUAGUGCACACAAUUAUUUGUUUGUCUGUGUCUUCGACUAAUGGUGUGGUAUGUGUGGAACUUGAAAAGUGGGAAACAGUUAUACUUUGAUUAGGAUCAUGGUUAACAUAUUUUCACAGCUUUCGCCAGUGAAUGUUUACCAUGCUUGUUGUUUAUUGGUCAGUAUUUGAACUGACAGGAGGUGAUGGUCAAGACUAUUCCACUUAUAUGGUGACAGGCUUACUGUUUACAUGCAUGCAUAUGUGUCAGCUUGUACUAGUCUGACACAGUAUACUAACCCCGAGCUGACCAGUCCUUGUUUUGUCUCCUUAUUGACGAGCACCAGGCAGGGUAGCAACAAGUACCAACAUUUAAUGUCUUUUUGGUAUAACCCAGCCGGGGAUUGAACCCCUAAUGUUAUGCUCUCCAGGCAGACGCAUGUUCGGUACACUAGACCAGGGAUGCGACAGGAACCGGUAGGUAGCAUGUAGUUAGGGGCAGUCAUUGGUUGUGAGGAGAUUUUGUUCAGUUGGUUUCAUCCAGAAGUACAAAGUUGAUGCCAUUUUAUCUGCAGCUCUCCUCAAGUGCUAGUCUACUUGUCACAUGAUCCCUCUCAAGGAUGCAAAUGCAAGGAUUUUGCAUGAAAGAACAUAUUAAUAUAUUUAUAUCUUAUAAAACACUGUCCAUUUUCAUCAUGAAGCACCCCCCAAAAUAGGGAUACCCGGUACUUUCAUAAAACUCAUGAUCUUUUCUUGUUCCUCUCUUCUCUCACUCUCUCCUCUCACUCUGUUGUCUUGUUUUCCUUUCCUCUACUCUCCCCUCAUUCUUCUCUCCUCUUCCUCUCACUCCUGUCUUGUUUUACCUCUCCUCUACUUUCUCUCUCUGUCUGUUGGUUUCAUAUCGAGUUAUUUGUUAAUGUAAGAGUGCCCUGAGACUGUUGUAGAUUUAGGGCCAUUUGGUGAAGCAGUGUAAACUAUUAGGGGUUUGUGAAAUGGCCUAAAGCAAGAAGCUGGUUGAUGCCAUGAUUCAGGAGGUGCUGGUGCUUAGAGGCAUUCAUUAAAAAGCAUUCAGAUGUGUAACUGUGUGGCUCAAAUGCAUGUCCUGCAAACUUGUAAAGAUUUUCAUGGAAGACAAGGAUGGGAAGCCUGAGUCAGAUGGAAUACUUUUCAAAUGGUUUGAAAUGUAUAAUGUCCAGGAAUAAUAUAUACCAAGUAGUGGCCACCUCAAUAAACCUGUGACCCAAGUACUGUCAAUUGGGGCUGAUUCUGGGUACAGGCUACAGCUAUCAGGGGCUUCAGUUUGUUUGCCCCAAGUUUUUGUGUGUCGACAAGAGUCUUGACAUCAGUAUGUAAUGCCAGUGAACAUUCUCACAUUUGAUGGCUGAGAAAGUGAUGAUGUGAAAUGACACUGAGAUCAAUAAGGUGAUGCCUACAUUCACGCUACCACAUUCCAGGAAUGUCUGCCACAGUGUGACAAUAUUCUCCCAUAUUCCAGAUGUCUGGUGAAGUCCUCAUGUAAUCUGUGCCAGGUAGAUGUGACAUAGUUAGUGUUUCAGAGAUGUCACUACACUAGGACUCCCAGCAACAUGAGGGCAGUUCUGUCACCUUGGGAUGCAAACACUAAUUUGGUUGUAUCUGCCAUGUUAAAAUAAAGGUUUGCUCUGUUUUUUAAAUGUAAACACCACGAGUUAAAUCCAACAUGUUUGUAGGUCACUUCAGGUUUAUAUAGCAUGAGGUAACACUAUAUUUUUUAAUUUACAGAUUUGACUGACCAUAGCCAGACAAAUCAAAACAAAAAUUAUGAAUACAAUAAGUUUUAUUUUAUUUCAAUUAGUUACAACUAAUAAAUUCAUACAAAAAAGUAACUAUAUAUAUAUUUUUAAAUAUAGUCUGGCCGCUGCAGACACCUACUAGAGAGAACAAAGCUCUCCCUGAAUGAAGUACAUAUAUAAUAAUACAUGUUACCAAGAUGACUGUCAAAAUAGAAGACAUCCUGCACUUUAUACCAACAGACCCAACCAACUUUAUGACAAAUAAUGUUUUUUUUGAAAUCGUGAGCUACACAUAUUUACAUUAAUAUUUAUUUUGAACUACCCAAGCUAAAAGGAGCUAAUUGGUUUGUAAAACAUCUGUAAACCAUGAAAUAUGAAAAGUGUGGUCUAACACAGUCUGUUGGUAAUCAAAAGGUUUUUGAGAAGCAUGUGUCGUACAAUUAAGGUCUCACGAGCUACAAAAGAAAAAUGACUUAUUAAAUUAAGCCAGAGAAAAUGCAUUUGGUAAGAAUGAAAAUAAUUAUUGAAAGUACAAUCUGUAAUUACAUACUUGUCGAAAGAAAGUUUUAAGUCUUUGAAUGGCAUUUAGAAAUGAUACACAUAAGGAAGAAAAUUUAUGGAUGUCAACUUAUUUAUUAUGAGGAAACAGUUUUGCCAGUCAACUGAAAAUGGUAAGUUUGUAUCAAGUUGAUAUUUGGACAUAUGUGUUUUGUACCAGCCUGUGGCGCUGUGUUGGUGGUAUCAGUAUCAGUACUGACUGUGUUUCAGUAUCAAUACUGACUGUGAUAAGUUGCUUGUAGUGACUGCCAAUGCUGUGUAUGGCUGUUAUAUGGUGAAAGAGAACAUAUAUUGCACAUAUUUUAACUGAAAUAAAGUAUUCCAUCAUUUACA